AUGCUUCUCAAGCAAGUCAAGCUUAAAGGAUUCUCCCAGCAAGAUCAGACAUGUGGCUGCAUUUCACAAGGACUAAGGAGGACAGAGACAGGGACAUCAAACCUGAGGAAGCAUCAUGAAAUUUGCAAGGAACAUAAGGCGUGGAAAGCUGGCCAAGCUGAUAAACAGGAUGUUAUUGACAAGGAAGGAAAGCUGAAGAAGGCGUGGCUUGGAAGCAUUUCUGUAACAAGGCAAACUACACCUCCUCAUUCAAGAAGAUCAGCGAGAAAAGACAUUGUCAAGAUAUACAAUGAAAAGAAAGAGGCACUGAAGAAAUGGUUCUCAUGCAAUAAACAACGAGUGUCUAUCACUACUGAUAUUUGGGUUUCGCAAACAACAGGAUUCAAGCACAUCACAGAUCACAAAGGUCGGACCAUUGCUUCUGUUUUGCUAGAAUGUUUGGCUGAAUGGAGAAUCGAGAAGGUGUUCUGUAUAACAGUAGACAAUGCUUCUGCUAAUAGUACUGCUCUGAGGAAGUUUCAUUCUGCAUUUGCCUUAGUUUCUGACCAGGCUUUUGUGUUAGAUGGUGAGUUCUUGCACAUGAGGUGUAGUGCGCAUAUAAUUAACUUGAUUGUCAGAGAUGGAAUGGCUGAGGUAGAUCACAGCGUGGCUGCAAUUAGGAAUGGUAUCUCCUAUUUCAGGUCAUACACAAACAAGCUAAGGUCCUUUGAGUGUAAGGUCGAUUCAGGCAAGAUUACAAGAGGCAGCUUACCUUUGGAUGUCAAGACAAGAUGGAACUCCACCUACCUGAUGCUGACAACAGCCACUAAGUUCAAGGUGGCACUUGACAAGAUGGAGGCGGAAGACAGGUUAUACAACGACUAUUUCUGCGAGAUAGAGAAUGGAGCAAAGAGGAUCGGUCCUCCUCAGCUUAAGGAUUGGAAAACCAUUGAUAAGCUAUGCCAGUUCCUCAUGAUCUUCUACAACUCUACACUGGUGGCAUCAGCUUCAACCUCUCUCAACGCGCACAAAUGCUAUGGUGAGAUAGUGACGAUAGCAACCGAUCUGAUAGGUCUCAGCAGCAGUCCAGAUCCUGAUUUGAAGUCUAAGGCGUCUGAGAUGUACAAGAAUUUUGACAAGUAUUGGGAUGGUCUCAAGAAUAUGAACAUGAUGUUGGUGGUUGCCACUGUUUUUGAUCCUUCCAACAAGCUGGAGCUUGCAAAGAUGUGUUUUGAGGAGUUGUAUGGAGCAGACAGUAUCGAGUACAAGGAGAUGUAUGACUCGUUGAUUGGUGUGUUGAGAAGUUUGUUCAAGGAACACAGUGCAAGACAUGGCAGCCGUGGUGAUCCGGGUGACAGUUCAUCUCAGUCCAAAGAGAAGCCAAAAGACCAGUGUAUCGAAAAGAUGGACCUAGUUGACGACUGUGCUGGUUAUAGGAGGAUGGAUUUUAGGUACAAACAAAAGCUAAACGAGAUUGGUGUUAGAGAGAAAAGGGAUGAGUUGGAAACUUACCUCAGAGAAAGUAUGGAGACCCGGAUUUGA